GAGACUGCGAAGCCUAGUGGAGAUCUCACGAGAGUGAAGCAAGUCUCGCGAUGAUUUACUGAUUAAUUUAUUGCCUAGCGACCGAGCAGCCAGUAGAAGAAGCACUGGAGGGGCCUGCUCUCAGAUUGGAGUGUGACCCCAGCCCUAGCUGGGGUUCUUUCCAAUAUAGAGGAGACGGAUUCAAAGGGGCUUCAGGUUGUUGAAAACCAGACGUAUGAUGAACGUCUAGAGAUUAAUGACUCUGAAGAGGUUGCAAGUAUUACUACUCCAACCCCAAAACACAAAGGAAUUAAUCUUUCUGCCCAUCUUACAGACAAGACUAUGGCUGACAAUGGCAAUGACGAGUUUGCAGAAGAAAACAGUAAGGAGAAGAACUCGAAUCUGACACCUCAGAGGGGGCUCAGCGAAAAUGAUGAUGACGAUGAUGAUGACGAUGAUGAUGAUGGCACUCAGAAACCGAACUCAGAUGAUGAUGAAGAUGAUGAGCAUAGGGCUUCUUUUGGAAGGGCCUACAAUCCUGCGGAUUACGAGCAUUUGCCCGUUUCUGCGGAGAUCAAGGAGCUCUUUCAGUAUAUCAGUAGGUACACACCUCAGCCGAUUGGGCUUACCCACAAGCUGAAGCCUUUCAUUCCGAUUUUAUCCCGGCCGUUGGGGGAUGUCGAUGCCUUCUUAAAGUUUCCACGUCCUGAUGGGAAGCCUGACAACCUUGGCCUUUUGGUGUUAGAUGAGCCGUCCACAAAGCAGUCAGACCCCACGGUUCUCUCGUUGUGGCUAACAGAGGAUUCCAAACAGCACAAUGUCACGCAACAUAUGAAAGUAAAAAGUCUGGAAGAGGCAGAGAAAAAUCCCAAAGCCAUUGACACAUGGAUUGAGAGCAUCUCCGAACUGCACCGGUCAAAGCCCCCCGCAACUGUGCACUACACCAGGCCCAUGCCUGACAUUGACACACUGAUGCAAGAAUGGCCCCCCGAAUUUGAAGAGCUUCUGGGCAAGGUGAGCCUGUCCACGGCAGAGGUCGACUGCAGCCUGGCAGAGUACAUUGACAUGAUCUGUGCCAUCCUGGACAUCCCUAUCUACAAAAGUCGGAUUCAGUCCCUCCACUUGUUCUUUUCCCUCUUUUCGGAAUUCAAGAACUCCCAGCAUUUUAAAGCUCUUGCUGAAGGCAAGAAGACUUUCACCCCUUUAUCCAGCUCCACUCUCCAGACUGGAGAUGCAGAGAUUUUCACCAUCAGCUGAGACCUGGCUGGCUCAGCCUCUGGCUAACCUGGACCAUCUGCAGGGUGAGGAGAGUUGGGUGGAGGAGGGAUCACGGUCUGCUCUCCGGAGUCUCUUUAUAGUGCUCCACCAUCCUCCACCUUCUCCAUCAGAACCCACUGCUCAAGUGCUGUCCAGUGUCUCCACUGUCCAUUCGGUGGAGUGACACCUCUCCCCUCUGUUCGACUGAGCUAGAAGAACUGGAAUCUCGAGCUUCUA